UCGAUGCUAAUGUCGUGAUGAACAAAAGAAUCUCGCAAAAGAGCAGAUCUGCGGCGUGCAUGAUGACUAAGCAAAAAGAGCAACAUCAAACGGAGGGUUCCCUUCCCAUGACAAAAUCAUUCACAAAUCAGAUCAGCAAAAAGACUUUCUGAUAUUCAACUCUGGAAUAUUUGUGAUAUGAUAGUAAGACAAGUCUCCCGUCAUCUUCGCUCUCAAGUGUUUCCAUUCCGCAACCUUCAAUAUCGCACCAUGACUUUUAACACUCCCUCAAAAAAGCCCAUUCAUUUCGGGAAAUUCGAAGUCACAGAUCAGGCAAGCCUCAUAUGAGUAGACCCAAAUACGAUGUCUAGGUUUCCUAACUGUCAUUCCAGAUCUUCCACAAAUCUACCCAUUGCUACUGCCUCGUAAACAUCAAGCCCAUUCUUCCAGGUCAUGUGCUCAUCAUCCCCUACACCCAGCACCCACGCAUGACCGAUCUUUCACCACUUGAACUCAAUGAUAUAUUUUCUACUACCCAAAAGGUACAGAAGAUGCUCGCUUCCCAUUAUUUUCCCGAUGGAAACCCCAAAGAAGGAUCUUUCAAUAUUGCUAUUCAAGACGGACCGGAAAGCGGGCAAACGGUACCACAUUUUCACUGUCAUGUUAUACCGAGAACAAAGGAAAGUAGUGUAAUUGGAGAUGGUAUAUAUGACAAGCUUCAAGGGGAGGAAGGAAAUAUUGGUGGGGCACUAUGGGAUAAGGCUGUGGAGUCGGGGAAGAGACCGCUGCAAAGGGGGAAAUUCCCAAAGGUGGAUGAUAAAGAUAGGUUGCCAAGGAGGUAAGUUUUGCUUUUACCCAAAAUAUCUAUCCUCAUGAUGUUUCUUUGAAGAGGAAUCUGAAUGUCUCAAAGUGGCUAACUGAUUAAUCUUCUGUGGGCGUAGUAUGGAGGAGAUGACCAAGGAGGCAGCUCUCUUUAGGGAACAAAUGCAAAAGUUAGGGUAUAAUGAGGUGGAGCUUGACGAUAAAUGAAUACUCUACAAUGUCAUAAAUUUCACAGCUGGAUAUAUAGCUUCUAGUAUUCUUACGCGCAUUCCAAGAUCUAGUGAUCUCUGGACUAUCCGGGAUUAAAAUUGGUAAAACAAGAGCAACUUUUGCAAUCCAACGGCCCAAGACACAACACGGAAAAGGGGGUCGCAGAAAUGGAUGCAAAAGCGUAUGAGAAGGAUUCUUAUCUGAGGAAUUUCGUAUAAACAAGAACGACACUAUCGGUAUAUAAUCCUGUCCUACCGGCAAG